AUGAAAUUCACCGGAUUCUAUAUAUUCACUAUCAUUAUUCAAGCGACAUGUACCACCACCAGAGUCUCCGAGAGUCUGCUGCAAAAGCCCUUGCUCCAUCCAUCCGACAUCAACCCCCUCAUCUCUCCACGCCUCUACGAGACAUUGGUGGAAAGCGACUACUUCAUUACAGAGCUACCUCCAUCUACGACCACAGCCAUGCAGCGUUGUACGCAGUAUGUAACCCAGUUUUGUCAAGGAGACAGCGUUCAGCGACUACAAGUCGGCUUCACCGACUCGAACAAAACAUGGCUCUUGUGCAAAUGUACGCCUCGCAAGCUUGCACAGGUCGUUCUACCAGGCAAAGCGGAUAACUGGUCCUACUUGCUGGGACAUCUAUCAAGGAUUCCAGUACCUCUUCGCGAAUACAUCCACGUCGUCGUUUCUACCCCCCUGGAGACAGAGCACACUACAUCCUCAUCCCUAGCCCCGACAAAACCCAGCCUUCGAUCCACCCUUCCACACGGAAUGAUGUCCCAGAACACUGUUGUAUUAUUCGGGGAACCUUCCAUUGCGACGUGGAUCCACGAAGCCGCUCAUGGGUACUCAGGAGAACGCUUGAGCUCCUCCGUCCGCUGGGUAGAGGCAAUCCAUCGGGACUCAUGCCUUCCCGACCCUUACUCGAGAACCAAUCUUGAAGAGGCAUUCGCUCAGACCGUCAUGCUCAAGGUCUAUCUUCAAAUGCAACCAGUCUCAAGCGAGGGAACUCGGGAUGACCUCCUAGGGGAUGUUUCAUGCAUGAGACAUCAGUUAGACAUCCUCGAAGGCCUUUCAAUCUUCGCUCAUGAUCGCAGAUCUCUAUCGCGCUCAGGCUCAACGCUAGAAAUUGUGCAGAAAGAAGCGACAUGGUGGGAACUAUGGGUUAUCACCAGUUUUCUCGUCAUCCUGUUUAUGCUAUCUUGA